CCGGGCCGCUGCUGGGCCUUCGCGGGCUCCGCCGGCGAGGUGACGAUCGCGCUCGCCGCGCCCGCCGCGCCGGCGACGUUCGUCGUCGAGCACGUGCCGCGGCUCCUCACGUCCCGCGCGUCGGCGGCGCCGAAGGCCUUCUCCGUCACGGGCUACGAGGCCCUCGACGGCAAGCACGCCAUCGACCUGGGCUCCUUCGUCUUCGACCUCGACGGGCCGCCCCUCCAGAGCUUCCCCGCGACGCGGCCGCCGCACGCGCCGUCCGUGAACUACGUCAAGCUCGCCAUCGAGUCCAACCACGGCUUCGGCCCCUACACCUGCCUCUACCGCUUCGCCGUCCACUAG